GCAAAAUGCAGAAGUGACGUACGAGGAUGUGAGGAAUAAUGCAAACAGGUUAGUCCACGGAACAGACGGGAUUAAGUUCCAGCAGCAAGUCUGAUCAGACACAAGACAGGCGCGGGAAAGGUAAACAGAAGCUGCUGAGAUGAGGUCAAAGACCAUGCUGCUUGUUGUCCUAGCGGUUCUCAUGACAAGGAUGUGCCAGGGCCGCGUCGUCUCGCGAUGUGAGCUCAAAAAGAGACUUGAUGAGGUCAUUGUGCUGCCUGAAGGCCUUCAAAUGUUCAAAAGGAACAUCCUGUCAGUAGUAUUGUGUGAAGUGGAGAGGAUAUCCAAUCUGAACACCAGUCUAGUCCGGACUGUCCCCACCAUGCCAAUUGUCCCUCACCCUACUACCAACACCACAAAACCUCCUGAACCACCAACUACCAACACCACAAGACCUCCUGAACCACCAAACACCAACACCACAAGACCUCCUGAACCACCAACUACCAACACCACAAGACCUCCUGAACCACCAAACACCAACACUACAAGACCUCCUGAACCACCAAACACCAACACUACAAAACCUCCUGAACCACCAACUACCAACACCACAAGACCUCCUGAACCACCAACUACCAACACCACAAGACCUCCUGAACCACCAACUACCAACACCACAAGACCUCCUGAACCACCAACUACCAACACCACAAGACCUCCUGAACCACCAACUACCAACACCACAAGACCUCCUGAACCACCAACUACCAACACCACAAGACCUCUUGAACCACCAACUACCAACACCACAAGACCUCCUGAACCACCAAACACCAACACCACAAGACCUCCUGAACCACCGACCACCACCAACACCACAAGACCUCCUGGACCACCGACCACCACCAACACCACAAGACCUCCUGGACCACCAACUACCACCAACACCACAAGACCUCCGGAACCACCAACUACCACCAACACAACAAGCCCUCCUGAACCACCCACUAAUCCCAACACCACAAGAUCCACUGAACCGCCAACUACUACAACCACCACAGAACCCCCUGAACCAUCAACUACCACAGCCACCACAAGUCCUCCAGAACUACCAACUACCACAACCACCACAAGACUCCCUGAUACACCAACUACCACCACCACCACAAGACCCCCUGAACCAUUAACUACCACAGCCACCACAAGACCCCCUGAAACACCUACUACCACCACCCCCACCCCAAGACUCCCUGAACCACUAACUACCACCACCCCCACAAGACCUACUGAACCACCAACUACCACCAACACAACAACACCUCCUGAACCAUCAACUACCACAGCCACCACAAGUCCUCCUGAACUACCAACUACCACAACCACCACAAGACUCCCUGAUGCACCAACUACCACCACCACCACAAGACCCCCUGAACCAUCAACUACCACAGGCACCACAAGACCCUCUGCAACACCUGCUACCACCACCCCCACCCCAAGACCCCCUGAACCACUAACUACCACCACCCCCACAAGACCUCCUGAACCACCAACUACCACCAACACUACAACACCUCCUGAACCAUCAACUACCACAGCCACAACAAGUCCUCCUGACCUACCAACUACCACAACCACCACAAGACUCCCUGUUACACCAACCACCACCACCACCACAAGACCCCCUGAACCAUCAACUACCACAGCCACCCCAAGACCCCCUGAAACAUCUACUACCACUACACCCACCCCAAGACCCCCUGAACCACUAACUACCACCACCCCCACAAGACCUCCUGAACCACCAACUACCACCAACACAACAACACCUCCUGAACCAUCAACUACCACAGCCACCACAAGACCCCCUGAAACUACCACCACCCCCACCACAAGACCCCCUGAACCACUAACUACCACCACCCCCACUAGACCUCCUGAACCACUAACUACCACCACCACCACUACAAGACGCCCUGGACUACCAAGUACUACCACCACCCCAAGACCCCUUGAAGUAGAAACCAUAAGCACAAUAUUCAUUCAGCUGUCGAACACCAGUCUGGCAAACAUAUCGCGUCAGAUUGAGCUGGCGGCGUUGGAGAAGCACUUGGAUGAAAUGUGGAGUACAAACCAAGGGACACGCAGGAAGAGACAGUUACCGGACGAUAAUGUGGACCAGCAGCCGUAUUCUCACACUUUGUAUGGACUUUUCCAGAUGUCUGACUCCAUUUUCUGCGAGUUAAGCGAUCCUCGGACCAACAACAUCUGCAUGACGCCCUGCACUGCUUUUAUCGACGAUGACAUCACGGACGACAUCGAAUGCUUCGUGGCCAGUCAGUACUGGAUGAACGUGUUCAGGACGGCCAGCCCUCAAUGUUACGCCGUCACCGACUUCCUUGAUGAGUGUGUCUGAUCUCGCAUGAACAAUAAAUUCUUUCUUGCGCAGCGUCAACCCCAUCUACUGUUUUCUUUGCGGAAAUCACUCAGUCUAACAUAAAAGUGGACUUUUGUUUCCAGUGUCUUCGGAAUUUUUUUUCUAUUCAAAGGUCUUUGAAGUGUUUAUUUGAGAUCUCAAAUAGCGUACGUUUGCAGAGAAGCAGCUGCCAACGGAAAGAAGGACGAGAGCAAAAGAAAACAAAGACAUUUUUCAGAUAUUUCUGUCCGCCUUUUAGAUGUGAGAAGACCGAGGAGAAGUUGGUGCGAAGGAAUGUUUUGUUUACAUCUCGUAAAAGGCAGCAAUACAGCAUCAAUCACUCAAGUAACCCAUUUGCAGAGUAACCUUUGACCAAAAGACAAAUACAAUAUGAGUUAGUAAUCACAACAAUUGUUGCCUCAUGUUCUCAGGUGUUUUUAAAAUAACUUUAUUAAUACAGAGGGUUUUUUUUUAAUAUAUCUUUAUUAACACACACGUAGGUUUUUUUUAAAUAACUUUACACAGACGGAGUAGAGGUUUUUUAAAUAACUUUAUUAACACAGACUGAAGUGUUUUUUUAAUAACUUUAUUAACACAGACUGAAGUGUUUUUUUAAUAACUUUAUUAACACAGACUAAAGUGU